GUGUAUGCCGUAAUGAGGUGGUAUAUUUGUGUUGUUGUUGUUGUUGUGGGUGUUUCGUUCCUAUGUUCUGUGCCGUGUCAUGCUCAAGAUGAGCAGGAAGACGACACGGGACAACAUGAAGAAGAGGAGGCCGCCGUAGAUUCACUGAGCAUCGAAGGCAAAUACCUCGCGGUUGAAGAAAGCUUCAAAAAUGUCAUCAACACCGUCAUCAAGCAGGCUCUUCCAAAAGUUAUCGAGUUCCAGGACAAAGCGGAACUCAGUCCCGAAUGCAUGGGGUCGUUCCUCAAAAUUAUCGGCAAGAUGCGCAACCUCGACAGAGAAACAUUCAGAAUGUUCGAUGCUUCCGCCAAAAUUGCUGCUGGACUCGUGGAGGGUUCACUGACAGAAUUCGGUAACUAUUACGAAUGUCUCAAGGUCAGCGUCAAGGACGACUACGAUGAAGAGGAAUCGUUCAGAGGAAGCUACUGCAUGGUCAGAUCGCGUCCGCCUCUUCCCCCGAAGCCUAGAAUCGUCCCUGGAGAUUUCACACCCGUGAACAUAUCAAUGUUCUCUGAAAACUCGAUGAUGCGUGACCUGCUCACCGGUUCCGGAACUUUCUAUUACACACGAGCGCGGAUGGGGCUCUGUCUGCCUUCAACAUGCAGCGUCGAAGAUGUCAACGCCAUUAUAAAACCAUUGUUCGAAGGGCUCCACUGGGAGGCUAACGUCGAGUACUGCCGCCAACGACAAGAUCGGAAUGAUUUGAACUCGGAAGAGUGGGCUUGUGUAAUCUUCCUGGCUGUAUUGAUGCUCCCGGUCAUCGUUGCCACGACAAUACAUGCGUGUCUCUGGAUCAUGGGUUACCAGGCGGACAAGGCCCCAAAAAUCGAGAGCCCUCUGCUGAAAACCGUCCUAUCGCUAUCAGCCUACGAGACUGCGAGAAAGAUUUUGGUUGUGAAUCCUCCGAAGGAUGAGCACACCAAAAACUUAGCGCUCUUCCAUGGACUCCGAGCUGCAACCGUAGUCUGGAUCAUCUGGGUUCAUCAUUUCGCCUACAACGAUGUCGCUGUGUACUCUUCCGCACGAAUUUCGCGUGAAAUCGUCGGCUACUACAGAAACCAGAUAUUCAAUAACGGUUGGCUUGCUGUCGACACCUUCUUCUUCAUAUCGGGAUUUUUCCUCGCGUAUGUAAUUGGUCGAAUGAAGGGCAGGAUCGGCUUCGUUAAGGUCGUGAUGUUCUACGUCGUUCGCUGGUGGCGUCUUAUCCCUAUGGUGUUCGUCGGUAUCGCGACUCUCUUCUUGGUGGCGAAGGCUGGAGACGGUCCUAUCUGGCAGGAGUUCAUCGGUAAGGAGCUGCAGAAAUGUCGGAAUCAAUGGUGGCUGGUGCUCCUCAACUUCCAGAAUAUUCUCCACCACGACGAGUUGUGCAUGGUGCCCUUCUGGUAUAUUUCGGUCGAUACACAACUAUAUCUAAUAUUCGUGGGCUUGGUCAUCUAUACUUUCAACCCUCGUAGCGACGGAUACAAACAAGCGAAGAGAGGAUUCCUGAUCAUGGCGGCGAUAUCGCUUGCCGGAAUGAUCAUCCUAGCCGUACAGAGUUUCGUUAACGAAUAUCACCCUACGGCUCUAUACGUCGCUGGCGAUCUGACGUUCACGACGUCCAUGCUGUCGAUGACUUAUAUGCAGCCCUGGGCUCACUGUGGGCCCUUCGUCAUCGGAAUCCUUUCCGCCUGGAUCUAUCUGAGGAAAAAUAUCGUUUUCUUGCCGAAGCUCGUCGAAGUGACAGGGUGGAUUUUAACGGCCAUCGGUAUGCUCGGAGUUCUUUUCGUGACGAAAAAUUGGGGCACGGGAGACUUACCCGCUCAGUGGGUGUCGGCAACUUACACCUCGACGCAUCGAACGAUCUGGGCGGCGGGUCUCGCAUGGAUUGUCUUCACGUGUACGACAGGCCGUGGAGGAAUUGUGAACCACAUCCUCAGCUACCCGGCCGUGGUGCCCAUUUCUCGCCUGUCUUACGCCAUGUAUAUCAUGCAUGUCCCAUUCAUCUGGCAUCGCAUGUGGACGAUCGAUGAGCGGACGCAUAUCACAUUCAUGCCUCAGUUCUACGACGGCAUGGGGAGCUUCGUCAUCACAUUCUUCAUGGCUCUUUUGGCGAGCGUGUUCUGCGAACGAACGAUAGUUUUCAUCAAAGAGAUCGCCAUGGGGGAAAACGGACGGAAUAAAGAAGACAAAGCCGCGCCAGCUUUGAAUAGCUUCGAGAAGAAAACAAUGCCUUCGACGUCGGAGGUCGAAUUGAAAACUUCACGGAGGAUCAGUGACGAGUUGCAAGUGACAGCGUAUCCGAACGCGCAAGUCGCCGUUCAUCUCUGAAGUAGCAUCGCAAGCGAGUCAGCACUCGAGCGGGACCAAGUGCUUGAUGAUCUGGCAGCGAAACACAUGCAGUAUAGCCGAAUCUAGCUCAAUUGUUUUCAUCGUGUAAUCGAUUCAAUAGAAUAAAGAUUUUCGAGUUUUU